UGCGUUACAGCCACUAUUUCCACGUCCCGGCGCGCAUCUUUCGACAGCACCCAGAAAAGCAUCCCAAAGGCUCAAGUUACCGGGGAAGGUCGAAUUGAGCUUCUCUCAGCGACCUCCAAUCUCCCCUUUCAAUACUUAGGGAGCUUGACUUUUCCCUGAGCGCCAGCUCCAAUUGACGUCUAUACUUUUUGCAUCUCUUCCAUACAGUGCGAAAAAAACAACAACACAGAAAGAAAUGGCACCACCGUCAAACCCCGCGUCAGGCGGUGCCCCUCCAGGCGCAGUCGACAUAACAACCCUCUCCCUCCCACAGCUCCGCGCCCUCCAGACCCGUCUAUCCUCCGAGCUCGAGCAUCUGACAAACUCGCAUGCGAAGCUGCGCGCGGCGCAGUCCAAGUUCCGUGAUUGUGUUCGCUCGAUUACCGAUGGUGUGGAGAAGAAGAGUGGUGCUGGGGGCGAGAGUCGGGAUGAUCUGCUCGUGCCCUUGACGAGUUCGUUGUACGUUAAGGGUAAAUUGGCGGAUCGGGAAAAGGUCCUUGUGGAUGUGGGAACGGGAUUUUAUGUUGAGAAGACGACUGCGAAGGCGAUCGAAUUCUACAAUAACAAAGCUAAGGAGUUGGAAACGAACUUGAAGGAUCUGGAGAAGAUUGUGCAGGGCAAGAGCGCGAAUUUGAGGAUAGUCGAAGAUGUUCUGAGGCAGAAAGUGAUGAGUGGAGAGGCCGUUACAACUCCUGCGGCUGGCGUAGCUGCUGGAUAA